UGAGUAUCCUACCCCGACUCCAGUGGUCCACGACUCCUCCUCCUGUUGUUGCCGGCGUGAUUCCUGGGACUCAGAUGGACCACAUGUCCCCAACCUACAGGCUUGCUAACUUAACCCACCUACAUUCAGAACAACUUCUGCAGGGCUUGAAUCUUCUUCGUCAACAUCACGAACUCUGUGACAUCAUUCUUCGAGUUGGGGAUGUUAAAAUCCAUGCUCACAAAGUGGUACUUGCCAGCAUCAGCCCAUAUUUCAAAGCUAUGUUCACUGGAAACCUUUCUGAAAAAGAGAACAGUGAGGUUGAGUUUCAGUGCGUUGAUGAAGCUGCUCUCCAGGCCAUCGUGGAGUAUGCCUAUACAGGAACUGUUUUUAUUUCACAGGACACAGUUGAAUCUCUCCUUCCAGCAGCAAACCUACUCCAGAUAAAACUUGUCCUGAAGGAAUGUUGUGCAUUUCUUGAAAGCCAGCUUGAUCCUGGUAAUUGUAUUGGAAUUUCUCGUUUUGCAGAGACAUAUGGUUGUCAUGACCUUUAUUUGGCAGCUACUAAAUACAUAUGCCAGAAUUUUGAAGCUGUUUGCCAGACUGAAGAGUUUUUUGAGCUUACACAUGCUGAUUUGGAUGAAAUUGUUUCCAAUGACUGUUUGAAUGUAGCUACCGAAGAGACUAUUUUUUAUGCCCUUGAGUCUUGGAUCAAGUAUGAUGUACAAGAACGUCAGAAAUACUUAGCACAGCUACUUAAUAGUGUGAGAUUACCAUUGCUGAGUGUUAAGUUUCUCACUAGACUAUAUGAAGCAAAUCAUCUUAUUCGUGAUGAUCGCACUUGUAAACAUCUUUUGAAUGAAGCCCUAAAAUACCACUUUAUGCCUGAACAUAGACUGUCUCAUCAGACUGUCCUGAUGACACGACCUCGCUGUGCUCCCAAAGUACUUUGUGCCGUAGGAGGAAAAUCUGGACUAUUUGCCUGUUUGGAUAGGUAAAUAGAAGACUUUCUUAAAGGAUA